AUGAUGCAAUCCGUCAAUAUUCGUUCUGUACGACCCGCUUCUCGUGAUCCCGCUACGACGGCUGCAGAGAUGAAUCUUUCGAAUCUCAAAUAUACCUGUAUGAACGACGGCAUUGGUGUAUAUGAUCUCUCUGCGAGCGUCCCGCCCUUUCCUAGCGCGAAUACAGAGACACCACUUACGUCUAGCGAUGUAAAGAAACAGGCUCGGGCUUGGCUUUCUGGGGCUCAGACUCUCGAAAUCUUAGGAGCAAGGCCUGAUUAUAAUCACUCGGCAAGAGCGGCGCGGAAGUUCGGUCUGACUGGAGAGGGGGCGGCUUCGAGCCGACAGAGUUCCGAAACCGAUAAGGAAUCCCGGGGUCUUGCCGCCAGUGACAGACUUGUAGAUAGAUUCGACUCUCAGAUAUGCAAAAUCCGGACGCAUAUUUUGCUGCCAUUUGGAGACCCAAAGUAUGCUAACCUUAUGGGCUUCCUCGACGUUUCGUCUAUCGACAGCUUUAUAUCUUUUGGCGUUUAUGCAAGGAUCCUUCGAGACAUCUCUACAUAUGUAAACUCACUGGAAAUUCUCGAUGUCCUUUCAAAGUUCACUAUCAUCGGCCUAACUCCGCUGCAGAACAAACAGUUGGCGAAUCCCCUCAAGCGGUCUGCAUCGGCACUGAUUCAAGCCGAGCAUGCCAACUGCCAGCAGAAGACUACUUGCGUGUUCUUCAAGCAAUUUCUAGCAGGUUCCGAGCAUGGAGGGGAGACCGUUCUACGCGGUGUUCGAACUUUGUACGCGAAAGAAUCAAUUGAAGACGAAUCCGAAGAGCUGAACCAUGACAAAUGCUCCGGCUCCUUACAAAAUGAUGGUUGCGGAGGUAGCCAGGAAAUAUAUUUCAUUCAAUUGCGCGCCCAGGUCUAUCCAACCCUUAUUUCACCCAGAAGCAUUGCAAUUGGCAAAUCUCAAAUUCUCAGGUCCACACUUCUUCGCGGCACCGACGCACCUCCGUCCACGAAUGUGGCGCAUGCAGCGGGCGGCCCCGAGAUUGAUGAGCGACGCGAUAGGAGAUUUUAG